AUGAAUCCACUCAUUGCAACGUUCCUGACCUUCGGCCUAACAGCUGCCUCUUACUCCUGCAUCGACUUCGAUGUCCCAUUAACCUUCAAUGCCUCAUAUUUCCCUCCCAGCUUUCCGAAAUUCGAGAACCAUUACCAGAGCGCCGCCUUCCUCACCGGACUCACCGCACGCAAUGCUGCCGACGGCCCGUCUCCAAUCGGCGAUGCUGUCAACACCACCGUCGAAGCGACGAUUGCUGCUCACUACUGCACGCCGGACGGUGCAAAGCCAACAACUGUACAGAUCCUGACCCACGGUCUCGGCUUUGACCAUUCGUACUGGCACUUUGGUGGUCAUGGCAGCAAGUACAAUUAUGUCAAGGUUGCUACUGCUGCUGGAUACGCUACGCUUUCGUAUGACAGGCUGGGGAAUGGCAAGUCGAGUAUCGGGGGCCCUUAUACGAUCCAGCAGCUCGGGCCUGAGACGGGUGUGUUGGUCGCUUUGACGACUCUGCUCCGUGAGGGUGGGCUCUCGAAGCCUGCUGGGAAGAAGAUUGCUGUGCCGAAGAAGGUCGUUCAUGUCGGCCACUCCUUCGGCUCCGCCAUCACUAACGUCCUCGCCGCCAUUGCCCCCACGCUCUCCGACACCAUCGUCCUGACCGGCUAUAGCACGGAUCUGACCUACAGCAUCAACUUCGCCGCCGCGACAAGCUUCCACCUCGCGAUCGAGAACCAGCCAAAACGGUUCGCAGCGUACAAGAACAAGGGCUGGAUCACUUGGGCCGACGAACUCGUGAACCAGUACGGCUUCUUCCACUAUCCCGCGUUCGAUCCCGAGGUGCUGGCGACGGCCGAGGCGACCAAGUUCCCGUUUGCGAUUAUGGAGCUUAUCACAAACUCGCCGACGAAGGCGCCUGCGUGGACGGGUCCGGCGCUGCUGAUUACCGGCGAGUACGAUGAGAUCUUCUGCGGGAGCUGGUGUCACGGGGUCUUGCACAAAGCGAAGCCGUACUUUAAGAAUGCCAGUCCAUUCGAGACGUACAUCCAGCCCGACACUGGCCAUGGCAUGAACUUGCACCACAAUGCGACCGGCUUCUUCAACGUUGUCAACAACUUUCUCGACGAGAACGUCGGCGCUUGA